GUACCAGCGAAUUUAAUGCUGGGCGGUAACCCUGCAAUGGACUAGCAUCCCAUCCAGGAGGGAGUAGAAAUACCUCCUAGUUGCUUCAAUUGCUACUGACAAAAGCUCCAGCCUGACGGGCCAUUUGGCUUGUAUGCAGACUUUACCUAAUACAUGUGUAAUUAAGCAUCCUCUUUUUCUUGUUUUCACAUUUCAGUCCAUGAUGGAACUUCAUAAACGUCGAAAAGCCCUAACUGAACCCGAAGUGCGUUACUUCAUGAAGCAGAUAGUUGAAGGCUGUAAAUAUCUACAUGACAACAAGAUCAUUCAUCGUGAUCUUAAACUUGGAAACUUAUUCCUAAACGAUGAAAUGGAUGUCAAGAUUGGGGACUUUGGUCUUGCGACUAGAGUGAUGAUUGAUGGGGAAAGAAAAAAAACCCUGUGUGGCACUCCUAACUACAUUGCACCUGAAGUACUCAACAAGAAGGGACAUAGCUUUGAGGUGGAUGUCUGGUCAUUGGGAUGUAUUCUGUAAGUUAAUAAUAAUUUUUUUAUUAAUUUGUUUCUUUCUGUUUAAAAAUGUGAUGUAUCAAACCGGCCAUUGCCCAGCUAUUUGAUUAGAACUGUUUGCAAGCACAAUACGUUGCUUUGAAUUUGACAAAGCUCAAUGCAAAAAAUUGCCUCAUUAGAGAGGACCCCUGGAUUGUCAAAGAAGCAGGUGACCAGACCUAACCAGGGUCUCUCCUCUCUCGCUCCAGGGGGUAGUAAGAUGAGAGACCCUGGGGAAGAGGUUGUAUACUUGCUCUGAUGAAAAUGUUUACAUUCAAUAUUGUUGCAUAUCACACAUGUAAAAAUUAAUAUAUCAAACACAAAACUAAAGCCUGAAAUUGACCUCAUUUCCAAGCACUAAGAAGUAUAUUAUCAAGCACUAAGAUUUGAAAAUUCAUGGUUAACACUUCUUCAGUUCUGUGUCCAGUGUUUGUGGGAAACAAUUGGUAAAUUAUAGUUAAUAGUAAUAUUUGCUUCA